CGGCGAGCGGCGGUGAUGGGCGCGCGCUGCUAGAGAGCGGCGGCCGAGGUCUGGAAGGACGGUAGCCCGUGCAACACGCAGGGCUCUGCUUUUCAAAAUGGAAUUGCAGCUCGCGCUGCUUCUCGCAGGGAUAAUUGCGUUUUCCGCCUCGGCGAGAGGUCCCCCAAGGGUUGCUGAUAAAGUGAUCCACCGGCAGUCCGUGAGGCUGGGCAGGACCAUCAAGCUCCUGUGCCCGGUGGAAGGUGACCCGCCACCCCUCACCAUGUGGAUGAAGGACGGGCGCACUAUCCACAGCGGCUGGACCAGGUUCCGGAUCCUUCAGCAAGGGCUGAAAAUCAAGGAGGUGGAAAGCGAAGACGCGGGGACGUACAUCUGCAAAGCCACCAACGGCUUCGGCAGCACCAACGUGAACUACACCCUGAUAGUGAUUGAUGAUGCCAGCUCAGGAAAGGACAGCCAGGUACCCGAAGGCUCCAAUGGAGAAUAUGAAGAUCAUUCUGGGAAGCAGUGGGCCCGUCCUCGGUUCACACAGCCUGCCAAGAUGAGACGGAGGGUGAUCGCCCGUCCCGUCGGGAGCUCCAUCCGCCUGAAGUGUGUGGCCAGUGGGAACCCUCGGCCUGACAUCACGUGGCUAAAGGACAAUAAGCCCCUCACGCCCCAAGAGAUUGGGGAGAACAAGAAGAAGAAGUGGACGCUGAACCUGAAGAACCUAAAGCCAGAGGACAGUGGCAAAUACACUUGCCGAGUGUUCAACAAAGUUGGAGAAAUUAAUGCAACCUACAAAGUUGAAGUCAUCCAGAGGACGCGGUCCAAGCCCAUCCUGACGGGGACACAUCCUGUCAACACAACAGUAGACUAUGGUGGGACCACAUCCUUCCAAUGCAAAGUGCGCAGUGAUGUCAAACCCGUCAUCCAGUGGCUGAAGAGGGUAGAGUACGGCACGGAGAGCAAGUACAACUCCACCAUUGAUGUCGGGGGCCAGAAGUUUGUUGUGCUGCCCACGGGAGAGGUCUGGUCCCGUCCCGAUGGUUCCUACCUGAACAAACUGAUGAUUACUCGAGCCAAGGAAGAGGAUGCAGGAAUGUACAUUUGCCUGGGGGCAAACACAAUGGGCUACAGCUUUCGCAGUGCCUUUCUCACAGUCUUGCCAGAUCCCAAGCCUCCGAGCGCGCCCGUGCCGCCCUCCUCGGCCAGCAGCCUUCCCUGGCCCGUCAUCAUCGGCAUCCCGGCCGGAGCCGUCUUCAUCUUCGGCACGAUCCUGCUGUGGCUUUGCCAGACCAAGAAGAAGCCGUGCUCCCCGCCAGCCGCGGUGUCCACACACCGGCCGCAGCCCCGCGACCGCAUCUGCGUCCCCCAGGUGCCCGACAAGGACUGCAUCUCCUCCAUCAACUACGAGGAAUACGUGGCCCAGCAGCAGCACCUGCUCUCCCAAGGACCGGCCCUUGCCCCGGCCAUGGCGUCCAAAAUGUACCCAAAGAUUUACACGGACAUCCACACCCACACCCACUCGCACGUGGAGGGCAAGGUCCACCAGCACCAGCACAUUCAGUACCAGUGCUGAGCGCGCGCCCGCCGACGGGAGCUCGCCUUGGGCUUUUCCUCGUGGUACCUCAGAAGAGACUGCUCCGAGCCAGCUCGCACUGCCAGCAAUGGGCAAAGCCGACGGAAAAGAUUAUAUAUAUAUAGUUUUAAAUAUAUAUAUACAUAUAUAUAUAAUUGUAUAUGCGUGUGUGUAUGUGUGUAUAUAUAUAUGUGUAUAUAUCUAUAUCUAUCUAUAUAAAUAUAUAUAUAAUAGAGACAGAGAGAGAGAAAAGAGAUUUUUUUUUUAAUUAUUGCCAUCAGGAUGUAGCUGAAGAAUGAUGAAGGAGCUCCAAGUCUCAGCAGCAAGGAAACCCUCCAGACGGCACAGACCUCUCCAUGCAGGUGACACAGGGACAUGAGUGAUCACCUCCUUCCUUGUGUUGCAGCAUGGAAGGUAUGAGGAGAUCAGGAUGUUUUUCCAGGUGGGCAUGGCAGCCCCUGCACCUGCUGAACCUCAGGAGUCCCCCAGAAAAUCACUCAGUUGGGCGGGAGGUCACCAGCCCUUGGGUGCACACGGGGAGUCUUCUCAUUCGGAGUGACUCCAGUCUUCAAGUACCUGAGAGCUAAUGCCAUAGGACCAGGAGAUGCAAUCAACUCACCUUCUCCAUGACGAAAAAAGGCACCUGAGAGGUUCUGGAAAAAGAAAUUUCCACUCGAGAUGUGAAAUGCUGAAUGCUUGACAAAAGCAGUUGUGAAAUGUCAUGUUUGAAAUGAUAACCGAGCUGGAUGGGCCAAUUUCCGCAGGUUGAAGGUGUCAUGUUGCCAGCAUGGUAGGGAAUGAAGAUCAAUGUGCAAGUGCUGCUCUUCCUGCUCAGUGCCACUGCCUGGAGAAAAAAAGGAUGGGAAGAAGGACAUUGUACAGAACACCUUUAUAUUUAUAUUUAAGAAAUAAUAAUAAUUAAUAAUAAUAAUUGAACUGCUAAUGGUCAAGAAAGUGGAACUUGCUGUCCUUCUCUGAUGGCUUAUGGUGACAAGCUACUGGAUUUUUUUAUGUCAACGCAAACUACAUGAAAACAUUAGAUUAAAGGAAAGCAAGAGAGUAAAAAAAUAAUCUUGUAGGAAAAAAUGAAUUUGAGAAAUGUGCACCUAGGUUGUGUGUGGUUCCUCCUCUCCUUCCAAAUAACAUUUGAAAAAGAUACCGCUUCAUUUCAAUGCAAACAGCAGCGAAAACAAAAAGCAGAGAAGAUUUUUAAAAGGACGGUAUUAAAAACCUAAAGUGGACUGGAAGUGGAUCCAAUUGCAAAUAUAAAACCUUUGUAAUUCUAUAUAGAGUUUAAACAGAAGUCAUGUAUAUUUAAUUUAUUUUGUUAAACAAGAAAAAAAAAAUAGUAUGAUAUUUUCCUCAAAGCAGGCAUUUCUAUACGUAUUUUUGAUCAAAGAAAAUAAAGAUUUUUUUUUUCAGGUUCUAUAGCUGCCAUGCUCAGCACAGGCUCCCUGUAGCAUGGAGUGGUUUGGCUCAGCGUGGGAGUCCGCGGGCAACGUGCCUUUUCACACUGGCCACAUGUGAGCCCCUAACACCAGUGCAGGUCCUGCUGGUGCCGUCCUUUCCGUGAGAAACAUCAUUUGCGAGCCCAUAAAACAAGCAGGGGGCUCAGGAGGUCAAAAUGUGCAUUGUGGUGAGUCCCCAGAGCUCCUGCUUUCCUUCCUCUCUGCCUCCCAGUUCUCAAGUCCAUUAUGUCCAUCACCAGCAUCUCCAUGCAUUGCCACAGGCUGUGCUGGCAGUAGCCAAGGCACUCCAGUGGCACCUGGGCAUGGGAAAAGGAGGAGGAGGAGGUGGGAGACCUUCACACUCACGUGGAGCUUGAUACUGUAGUGGGAAAUCCGUGUAUCCCUCACAGUAGUCUUCAGGUUAAUAAUUAAGAAACCUCAUUGCACGUGUGUUUUGGGGAGGGGAGGGGUCGGUUAGGUUUGCUAACACAAAUUUUUCCAGUCUGUACAACAAAGUUCAGAGCAUGGGUAUCUGGCCACGUCCCCAUGUCUUCAGAGCAGCUUAAAUACAAGCACUGAAGGCUGCGGAUACAGGGCAGGAGUUAGGCAGGAGUUCUUAAUGGCUGUAGCAUGUUGAGC